AUGAAUGACAUUGUGACCAAAAAGGAACGAAUAGCCUUCACCUGUCAAAAGAAUAAUAGACUAGAGACCUUAGAAAAAGUAGUAUUGAAAAAGUUUUCUGUGGACGGUGAUGUAAAGCCGGCUGUAGCUGUGACUCCCUCUAAAGCCAAACAGUUCCUGGCCUCCCUUAAAAGACCCAAAAGGAACCUGUGGGACCGCAGCCGUCCUGACGUUCAGCAGUGGAUCCAGCAGUUCAUGUACAUGGGCUUUGAUGAAGCAAGACUUGUAACGGAUCUGGCCUACUGGAUGGAUCACUACCAAUCCAGUGACCCCGGUCGCCAGCAUCACUCUCCCAUGGGGCCUCGCAGCGCUGCCUCAUACAGGCAUGGGGCAAAUGUCAAUUAUUACUACUAA